AUGGUCUUUCACAUUAUCCCUGCUUGCGCCUUCGCGAGCAUCUGUUUGGGAUUAGCCACGCUGUCAUACUUCCACUUGCAGCAACCUCGUAACCUUCGGUGGUAUGCGCAAGCCGCAGCCAUCAUCUUCUCUGAAUGGUUCUUUUCGAAUCUAGUUUACAGGCUGGCCUUUCAUCCUCUCGCCAAAUACCCAGGGCCUUUGAUCGCGUCGCUCACAGACUGGUACACUGUUUAUUGGAUUGCAGAGGGAGGCCGCCAUCUCGAGCUUGAUUGGCAGCACAAGAAACAUGGGAAAUUCGUUCGAUUUGGACCUAACCGACUAUCAAUCAACUCUGCAAAGGCGUCUCGAGACCUUCACGAUGUCAAUUCCAACACUUUCAAGGCCGAUGCGUAUGGCUCCUUCAAGCGCUUUUUUGGAGCAGAGAUGUCUCUGACCACUGUGGACCACAAAGCGCAUGCUUUCAGGCGCCGGGUCAAUAUGACUGCCAUUACGCCGGCUGCGGUAAAGGAAUUCGAAGACCAAGUAACGCCGCAUCUUGAUGAGUUUACCAGCAUCAUCGGCGAGGGAGCUGGGAGCAAUUCACAAGGAGAGCAUGGCUGGAGUCCAGGUAAGGACAUGUCAUACGCUGUCGCUUUUUGUAUUGCCGAUAUCAUGGGCUCUGUGACCUUUGGUCGAACAUGGAAUGUCCAGAGAGAUCCAAAGUAUCGACACUUUGUUAAAGAUUUACCCAAUGGUGUCGCUGGAAUCCACUUGGUGGGCCAUAUGCAAUCCCUCUUCUUCUGUAAUCUACACAAGGUAUUGUUCAAAGAACUCAUCGUUGGUGUGGGCAACUUGAUGUCGGUCAGCCGAUCCUUCGCCCUCUGGCGCCUGGAGCAAUCAUCUAUGCCGCACAGAGAUAUUUGGCAAGCACUCAUUGCAUCGCGCGAUCCCAAGACCGGCAAUGCCUUCUCUACAGAAGAACUCAUAUCGGAAGCCAGUCUUUUCAUCAUUGGUGGUACAGAUGGCAUGAUCACGGCAACAACUUCGACCUUGUUUUAUCUGACCCACAACCCUCGUACACUUGAACGUCUAACUCGCGAGAUUCGUGAAGCUUUUCCCCUAUCACCUGAAGAUACCGGAAAGAAGGCGUCAAACGUAAAGUGUCCUAUACGAUUUGCUUCUGCGGAACUUCAGAAGAUUGUGUACUUGCCUGCCUGUAUUGAUGAGGCUAUGCGCAUGUCAUCCCCCGUCCCAAGCAUCUUGCCACGCGUCGUAGGCCCUGGGGGAAUGACGGUUGACGGCGAAUAUUUCCCAGCGGGAGUGAACUUGGGAAUACCGCACUACUCCAUGCACCACUGCGAAGAUAACUUUGCCGAGCCAUUGACUUAUGCUCCUGAGCGCUGGAUCCCUGAGGAACGUACCAAAGGGCUCAAGGAUGGCUCCGUCCCAGUGUCAGGGAAGGAGUCGUUCAAAAUGCGACCAGCAGUGGGACAAUCUUAUGGAUUCACCCCAUUUGGUGGUGGCCGUAGUAGCUGUAUUGGAAAAUACCUGGCUUACCAGGAGAUGUCCAUUGUUUUGGCUCGCCUCAUCUGGCUUUUCGAUAUUCGCCUGGAUCCCAGCAGCAACAUGGGCGAAGGGAUUGGAGAUGCCCGGGAAGGAAGGGGGUGCAAGAGCGAGUUUCAGCUGUAUGACCGGUUUGUCAGUUCACAGAAAGGACCAAUGCUGCAAUUCCGGUAUCGAGAGGAACUGGUUGCAUGA